GUUGUCCCAGUCGCACGAGUCCAACACCUUUCGAUGUGCCCGUGGUGCGUUUUAUUGACUAAACGAACACGGAGGCAUGAAGACGUCGGCCAUCAAGAGCUGAUCGCCCCUGCUCGUCGUUUUUGAGAGCAAACCCAGACUAGUACGGUAACGGGUUCGGUUUCGAACAGUCUUAUCGGGUUCUCACCAAAACAAUGACGCGCACAUAUCCGGGACCAAUAUUACGGAUACUUUAAGAAAGCCAGGCUAGUUUGCGAUCGAAAAUAUCUCAAGCAGAUCACAUUAUCAAGAACCAGCCAUCAUGUCAAUGAAUAAGACUGAAGUAAAGUUGACUGAAGAGAAGAAAAAACAACAUGUGGCUUUGAAGCUUACUUGCCCCAUUUGUUUACAACUUUUCACUGAGCCAGUGUCUCUACCCUGUGGUCAUGUCUAUUGUAUGACCUGUCUUCAGACCAUGGAUGCAGGCCUUGACCACCACUGCUGCCCAGAGUGCCAGGUCAAGUAUGAAGGGACCAACGCCUUGGUGAAGAAUUUCAAAACAUUCGGAGUCAGAACUGGAAAAGUCAAUCCCGUCUCAAACCCAUCUGGUGUAAAUGAUGAAAAAUUAAAUAGCAAUGUUAGUUCUACACUGGGGAACUCAGAGUCAAAACACCAACAUGAAGAGGGAGCAUCCAGCCAACGUGAUGAGGAGAUCUCAAGAUAUCCUUUGAAGGAGCUGGGGGGGUGGGAGCAUGCAGCUGCAGUGGAGAGUAAGGGCAAAGAUCACUCUCAUACUGGGUUGGAAGACACAGAACAACUAUUUUCUCUGGACAAAAAACAAGGCAAAACCAAAAUCAAGACUGAAAUGGACGAACCUAAAUUUAAACUGGCAUCUCAGGUGACUGAGUUGACCAUUAAGUUGGAGAUUGCAGAGGGUAUACUGAAGAAAGAGAAGGAGCAGGAGAUGGAGAUAAAAGCUGCUAAUGCCCAGCUCCGAGGGGCAAUGGCGACAUUGUUAGAGCGGGCAAGGAAUUUGUCGCAGAGCUAUGACGUGGAGGUGACAACGUUAGUUGAAGAAGAGCUGUACCCGGGGGAGUUGAGCAUAAGUGGUCGAGUGAGUCGAGCUUCAGGUCUGACCAAACAAUUGAGGCAGGCUGUGCUUAAGGCUGAGUCCCUGUUGACUGAGGAUGAUGGGACUGUUUUUACUGAGGAUUUCCACAAUCUGCAACCUCAUAUUGCAGAGCUGAUGGCCAAACCUUUUGAGGAGGCAGAGGACAAUGUUGACUUGAAAGUCAAUCCUAUGCGGGCUUGCUCUAAAUUGGUACACAUAAAUGCUGAGUUGAAGUCAGGACUGGGAGAGAUACAGCGCUCCCUUCUCAAUGUCCUUAACCCUUCAGAGGUAACCUUUGACCUGGAAACAGCCCACCCCAACCUUGUCCUAUCUGAGGACUUAAAGACGGCGACCUUCAGUGCCACCAAACAGCCCUACCCAUCAUCUCCUCAGAGGUUUACAAAUUUCCUUCAGGUCCUCAGCACCCAGAGCUUCUAUGGAGGCGAGUACUGCUGGGAGGUACUGCUGGAGGGCUCUCCCUGGAUCAUUGGUGUGUGCUACCGCGGGAAGCUUGCUCGUAGCGGACUUCCUAGUGCCCUGGAGAGCAGUCGGUGCUCCUGGUGUCUGAUGUGGUUUGACAAUCUCCUCAGUGCAUUCGAGCAGGGGCACAGUGUACCACUGAAGAAGACUACAGUAUCACGCAGGCUGGAGAUCAAGCUGAGCUUCAAAACCCACAGAUUAAGCUUUUACAACAUCAGCCCCAGCAGUGGAAAGACUCAUAUUUACACCUUUAAGGCUAAUCUAGUAGAGCCAGUGCACCUGGCUUACAGAAUGAUGUCAGGGCAGCCCAAAGCAUGUAUCACUAUCUGCUAACAACAACAACAAAUUGAAUUAAUGAAUAAAUGAUAUAGCCAGCAGUGAUCAUAAAGGUUAGAUUUGCUAGCUUUGUAGAGACCUUAAUUUUCAUUUUUUUUUUCAUUUCUACUAUCAUUUUGAAACCAAAGACACCUUAAAAGGCCAGCCCAUAAAGAACUGGGUCCAUGCAUAAAAUGAUCAUAUAAAAUCUGUUCCAACCUGCUUCACAAAAAAGAAUGUCUGAUACAAUUAAAUGUAUAAAAGAAACAGAUAAAAGUUGUAAAUGAAAUGCCAGUUUAUUAACUUGGUUUGCAGUUGUCUUAAAAAAAGAGCAACUGCUAUUUGUGGUUCAAGUUAAAAAAAUGUAUUUGUCAAAUGCACAACAAUAGCGUGUGGCAGGCAUUGCUGGCAGGGAAAUGCUUAGGCAUCAGUUCAACUGAAAAAAGCUAAGAAUAUCACAUGACGUAAGGUUGAAACUAAAAAGAUCUAAAAUUUUGAAAAAUAGAAAUGCAAAAUUAUAAAAUUACAGUAUUUACGGUCCGGACUGAAAAAUUAAAACUAAAGCUAAAAUAACUAAAAUAGGCUAAAAGUAAGCUAAAAUUCAGUGUAUACAAGUCAGAGAAGAAUAAAGGGAAGAUUUAAAGUAAAGUCACACAUUAGAUCUAAAAUUAACAGUAGACAUGGAAUGUAACAGUAUAUACAGAGGUAUGUAGUUGUAAUAAAUAUGUUAGAUGUGUCUGUACAUAGUGCAGGAGUGGUACAGCUCAAAGUGGAGAUGGUUGUGAGACCAGCUUUGUUAUAUGGUUUGGAGACAGUGGCACCGACGAAAAGACAGGAGGUGGAGGUGGCAGAGUUGAAGAUGAUACGAUUAUCAUUGGGAGUGAUGAAGAUGGACAGGAUUAGAAAGAGUAUAAUGGAGGGACAGCUCAGGUUGGACGGUUUGAAGACAAGGCAAGACUGAGAUGGUUUGGACAUGUGUGGAGGAGGGAGAGAGGCAGAGUGUGAGAGAGAAGGAGAGAGAAAGGGCUGUUAGAGAGAGGUCUCUCUCUCUCUCUCGCUGUGUGUUCAUAGUUGCCAAGUCCGCUUAUAAUACGCGACUUUGGGCUUCCUUUUUUUAAGUCGCUUGAAAAAAGCAUGAGUCGCGGGUUGCGGGGUUUUUUUUGCUGGGCUUAUUUUUAAAAUUAUAGUUGCUUGAUUGUAAAAAUAAUAAGUGACUUUUGUUUUUACACUCAUGAGUGUGUUUUCACCAGCUGCGUUGAUUGACACUAUCUGCUUACAGCAUGGCUUCUGCGUGCGAACUUCCGCAGAGGCUGCGCGUGGCCUGCGCGUCCAGGCUACCCGGCACGCAGCUGGCUCUGGGAACGUUCGACAUGCCCACAAACCUGUAUAAUGUAUGUUUGCCAUAACAUUGUUGUAAAUGUUUUGUUUAAAUGUUUUGAUUUAGUAUUUGGCAGUGCAGAAACUGGCAUUUGCAACAUUUGAAUUGAAAUAGUGCCCGCCAUAGUAUAAUAGGCCUACUUUGUUGGCGUUUGAUGAGUUUUAGCAAAAUAACAGCACACACAAACAGGCAGGCGCACACAUAUAUACACUCUCUCUCUCUCUCUCUUUCUCUCUCUCUCUCUCUCUCUCUCUCUCUCUCUCUCUCUCUCUCUCUCUCUCUCACACACACACACACUGGUUUGUUUAUGUCAAACAGGCCUGUAUUCUGUAUCUGAAUGUGAAUGUUGUGUUUAAAUGUUCUGAUUUGCCAAAUAUGUCAGAAUUUGAAUUGAGUUUAAUUAAUGCCUGCCUUCCCUAUGUAGGCAUACUUUGUUGCUGUUGGAUGAGGUGGUAAAAUAAAUUCUGUUUUUGUUUUUCAAACUCUAAAUUGUUCCAGUUUAACACAUACAUGUUGUUGAGACCAUGACAGGGUAUAGCGGCGUUGGGCUUGUUUUUGAAGCUGCAGUUGCUUAUUUGUUUCACGAGAGUUGGCAACUCUCUGUGUGUGUGUGUGUGUGUGUGUGUGUGUGUGUGUGUGUGUGUGUGUGUGUGUGUGUGUGUGUGUGUGUGUGUGUGUGUGUGUGUGUGUUAUGCAGCCAGUUAGGAUACUCUCGACGGUGCAUCUGUAGAAAUGGCAGAGGAUCCUGGAGUCCCCUUCAAAUUUCCUCAGCCAAACUUUGUAGUUCAUCUGCAAAGUGGUUUUGAAAAUUAAGGAAACUUAUUUCAUUAAUUCAAGUUACGUCGUAUGGUCUGGGUAGAUUGUAAAACUAAAUUGCCCCUUCUGGGAUAAAUAACGUUGUUUGAAUCUUGAAUCACCUUCACUUUUAAACCAAGACGUUGUAACAGAUUAAAAAAAAAACAGGUUGAACAAGUGAUGUGCUUUCAUGCACAUGGACAAUGGGUACUUAUUAAUAAUCAUAAACAUCCAGGCUUUGUAAAGGCAUGGAGGAUACAGCUCACUGUAGACAUGUCUUCUAGCUGCCUUCACCUCAACAAACAUUAAUUGUGAAAUCACAUAAGGGCGAAUCGGUUCAUCUGGACACAAAGUUUAGUGAGAGAAACGGUUUACGCUUAGGCAGCUGUUGUCCUCCUCUCAUCGGUCUGCUUGGUGCACUGUCUGGGCGUCUCCCUGACUUUGACAAAGGUCCAGUUAGGAUAACCACACUUAACCAGGGCCUGUGUAAUGUGGGAUUUCUCCCCUUCCCCGGCCCCUGUGUCGGUGGGGACGUUGUCAGCUCGGUGGUACAGAGUCCUGAUGACUCCUAGUUUGUGCUCCAGCGGAUGAUGCGAGUCAAACCUUAAGUAAUUAUUAUUAUUAAUAAUAAUUGUGAAAUAGUUAAUAUGAUUUUGAAUUCCCAUAAACUAUAUUCAAUGCACAAAUGGAUAAAUGCAUCUGAAUAGACAAGAAACCAAAGUUGAGAUUUUUGUUAGUUUGUUUAUUACAUUGUGUAGUAUUACAUUUGUAUUGUGCUGGGAGACAAAAGGGAAUUUAAAGUGUGUACGAGUUUAGGCCUGAUGCGAGUGCUCAUCAGUCAUUACUAAAAAACGACUCUGCAAAAUGUAAUGACUCGCAUACGUAUUCAUUUGCACUGGUUCCCAAAGUGUAACUUAACCAAAUGAUGUCUUUAUGCAUGCUCCGUAAUCCAGGUAAGAAAAUCAAAGAAAGUUGAUGAACUGAUUCAACUUUGAUUUACCAAUGAUCAGCUUUAUAGACUGUGUCUGUGCUUUUGUUCACUGUUGCUCAUAGUAAUUUUGUCGAAUAAACUCCUGGAA